GUUUGUUGUUUGCAUGAAUGUUUAUUAUUGUCCUACUAUAAUACGAAAAUGUUUUAUCCUGUUGAUUCAUUGAAACGAGGUGGCAGGUUCUAUUUGUGUUGGGUCGCUGAUUCGUGGCCUUUGCGAUUUGCCACUAUUACUCAGCGGCAACUUUGGUCUCAGGAUAUUCGGAAAAUAUGGUGACCUAUGCAUGAUCAAUGCAAAUGUGAUAAAACAUUCAAACAAAAAAUGGAAUAUCCAUGAGGAGGACAUAGUAGAAGAAGUGAGGCGGCCACAGCUGCAGCAGCUUGAUAUUCAAGAGAUAAUUCAAGAACCACCUGAAAAUGAACAGAGGAUUGAGGAUAUGAUACAGAAAAGUGGCAAUGUUGUUUCAAAUAUUGAAGAUAUUACAUUGAAAGAAGCUGCCAUUGGUGAAGUCCUACCACCAAAUGACGGUUUCGGCGAAGAACGUCUGGAUCCUCUACAGUUGCUUCAAGACCGUACAAUAGAGAUGAUGUUGGUGCAACCAGAUGUAUCGACGGUACACAGCGGCUUGGAAAUCGCACUCGACGUGACAGACAAGUCGCAUGACAAAUCGCGACUACUUGAACCAUUGCAUGCACAGAUGGAAAGAAUCUCCGAGCAUGAUCUUACGAUGUUCAGAAAAUCUACUGGAGGAGAACUCAUGCCUGAUUUUGAAAAAGACAUUCCUGAAAUACCCGAAGUCCCGAAUCCCGAAAUGCCUGCUCCUGAACCAGAUAAGAUCCAAGAAGAGCGAAGGUCGGAGAUAAGAGAGCCUGGUAAUGUCAUCGAAACCGAACAACACAAAGUACAAGAACCUGUGCUGGAUAUGGUUACGUUAGAGGAAUUAGAAGCGCUGGAGCCGCUGGCAAAACGGCGUAAGAUCCGAAAAUUGAUAAUAGACAAGAAAACGAAGAUAAGUACGAAUCACUUCCGAGCUAGGAUUGAAAAUCCUUUGGUAGAGUUGCGAUGUGAGGACAGUUCAGACGACAUAAUUUUCAUAAGAGUACCCGUGGAAGAAUAUUUUCGGCGGCCGUGUCACGGUGGUCAUAAAAUUAUAUCUAAUUUUGGAGAUACUAUAUCGAGACUUUUUGGACGCAACCUUGGAAUUGUCCCGGGGUUACCCUUGGCUGAAAGAGAAAUGGAGCAAGCUGAAGCUGUAAGGAGACGUUCUCGUCGUACUACAAAAAUGACGAUGUUGGAUAUCAUAGAAGAGGAGCAAGAGGCCACUGUAGUCCGUGAAAGACCUGAAAUACAAGUAGACCCACCCAUUCCUGAAACAAGCGUGACUAUGGAAAGGUUGAAUAUUUCUGAGCCACCUCGUGUGAGCGCACAAGUUGACAUUGACAUCGCAGAUUUACCAACACAAAACGUAGAGACACUAUCGCAAGCGCGCAAAAGGACUGCAGAGCCAGAAAUGUUUGGAAGCCCAAAACGUCAACGCUCCAUGGGUUACAUAUCGUUUCGCGAAAGUCAGCUGGCGAAAGACUUAACAGAAAUCAACACAGAAGCAGAGAAAAACAAGGAAAAUAUACCAGCAAAUAUCAUCCCUACAAUACCACAACCUCCCCAAGACGCUGAAUUAAUACUAUCUUCAAAGUUACAAGAGGUUGGCUUGGCUGAUAUUCCACAACCUAUAACAGCGGAGGUCGAGGUGCACUCACAAAUGCACCGGCCGCUUACUACUUCACAAGGAAGAGCUCGUGUCACUGGGAGUGAACGUUCUGAAACUCCUUUAGGCAGUCUCGACAGGACGAAGGUGUCGCUUGGCGAUUCAGAACAGACUACAGACUCGAAAAGAUUUAUACGUGACCAAUGGGGCACCGAGGGAACAAUGAUCAAAAUAAUGAAGCAUAUCAAGGCAAGUCUACAACCAGUAACUGUAAAGAGCCUCCUUGAUAAAGGUCCCGUGAUAUCAGGUUACAAAGAACUAAAACAGCAUGGCUUCGUUAACGUUACUAAGAAUCCUGAUACACUCGAGAUAGUUGAUGUCACCCUGGGACCAAAAUUGACCAGCUCCAGUGAUCAAUUCUAA